GCAGGCUGUGAACUGAGAGCCCUGCUGCUGCAGUCCAACAAAAUCAGCUCAAUAGAUGAGGACUCGUUUCGCUCCCUUGGGAAACUGGAGCUCUUGGACUUAUCAAAUAACAGCUUGGCUCACCUGUCCCCUGCGUGGUUUGGACACCUUUUUUCACUCCAGCACCUCCACCUUCAAGGGAACUCCUACAGAGAGCUGGGGGAAAGCUCUCCCUUUUCUAGCCUGAGGAACCUGAGCUUCCUCCACCUGGGCAACCCAUGGUUCUCCACCAUAAGGCAAAGGAACUUUGAGGGCAUCGAGCUUCUCGACAAGUUGUGGAUUGACGGUAGCAGUCUCAGACAGUAUGAGCCAGGAAGUUUGAAACCGAUUAAGAGGAUAAAUCACAUGAUCAUGAACCUAAAAAAUACGAAUGUAUUCUCAGCAAUUGUCAGGGACCUUCUGCACUCUGUCACUUGGUUAGAAGUGAGA